AUGGAUAAAGACGAUUCUUUAUCGCAAGAAAAUAAUCACGAAAAUCAUAAUAUAUCAUUAAAUAUUGAAUUUAAUAAAAAAAAUAAAGAGAAAGAUAAAUUUUCAAAAACAGAUUUUGCAAAGAACGCGAAAAAUUAUCCGGAUCUACCAUCUAAAUUCCUAGAAAAAAAUAUACCUUGGCUAUGUUCCUUAUGUUUUGAAACCUUUUCAUCUAAUAAAUUAAUAUACAAUACUAUUGGGGAACAAGAAGUCCAUUAUUGUAAGAACUGCCAUUUUCACCUUUCAUCUAAGGAUUAUGAUUUAUAUUUAAAUGAUAUAAAUAAUACUACUCAAAUAAAUCAAGAUGAAAAUUCUCAGAAAAUGUACUCAAAAAAAAUAGAUAGAAACGGAGAUAUUCAAAAUAAUUCACAAAUAGAAACUAAUAAACAAUCUUUCUACGAAAACGAUUUUAUUACUAAUAUAGAAAAUUCAAAUAAAAGUCUGCUAAAAAGUACAAAUUCUAUAAAAUCUUCAAAAGAAUAUACAAGUAGAAUAUUAAAUUCUCCUGAUAAGAACAACUCAUCGACUAUAAAUAAUUUGACAAAGGCUAACAUUUUACAAACCUGUAUUUCUAUACGACAAAAUUCCAUAAAAAAUUCAAAAAUGCAAGAGCUACUUAUAAGAAAAAAAAGAAAUUCUUUAAAUAUUCGCAAACAUAUAGAAAAUUUUACAGAAAUAAAACGACUACAUAAUUCAUCCGGCACAUCUGAUAUAAUUAAUAUUCCUUCUAGAUUAUCUAAUUCCCCAGAUAAGAUAAUUAAAACAGAAAAUAUAGAAUCUAAGGUAUCUCUCAUAACCCUAUCAGAAGCUCAAACAAGUGUUUCUCAAGAAAAUAUCCCUCCUACUUUAACAUCAACUAAGAACUACAAAAACAAAUUAUUUUCAACAAAUUUUGCUAAAUCAGAAAACAACGUUCUAUCAAUCAUUGAUUGCAACUCUUUUCCAGAAAAAGACGUAUUUUCUAAACAUUUAAAAAUCUCUUCAAAUCAAGAAAAACAACCAUUAUUUUUAUGUGAUUCUUGCAAAAAAGACUUAACAAAUACUAUAAUUCAUAUUACAAAGGAAAAAAAAUAUCAUCAAGAGUGUUUUAAAUGUUAUUUUUGUAAUAUUCCAUUUGAGGGAAAUAAUUAUAUUUUCUACAAAAACAAUAUUUAUCAUAAAAAAUGCAUAUCAGAGCUAGAAGAUAAUUUUUUAUCAAAAUCUAUAUUAAAAAAAAAAAACUUACCAGAAACUAUAAAUAUAGAAUCAUUAAAAGAUAAUGCUUCAACUAAAUUGCUCUCUACAAAAAAAAAACCUUUUCCAAAAUUCGGAGGAUUUGAUAGUAUUUUACUUAUUACAUUAUCUUCUCCUAAUUAUAUUUUAGCAUGUUCCGGCUGUAGCGAUUCAAUAACUUUUCUCGAAUCUUAUCCUGGACCAAAUUCUACUAAAUGGCAUAAAAAAUGUUUAAAAUGUACUGGAGGAUGUGGUAAAAAUAUGGAUUCAGGAGCUUUAAAUGAAGUAGAUAAAAAUGGAAAAAUGAAGAUUUAUUGUAGAGCUUGCUGGGAUAAUGUUAAAAGAAAAAAACGAAUGGCUAUACCUUUAGUAAUGAGUAAUACUUUACGUGAUUUUAGUACUUUCGAAAAUCGGAAUAUUUAA